AUGUGGGACAGCGGAGGAGCCAGAACGGGAAUUUUUGAGACGCAGGAAAAAGAGGACGCUUACCUGCUGAAGAUGAAAGAUGUGGGGUAUACAACGAAGGACUGGUUUGACAUAUUCGACGGUGAGGGGAAACACUCGGAGGUAGGCAACAUUGAGUAUGCUGGAGUCCAGUGGGCAGAUCGUCUCGAUUACGCCCACUUUUGCGUCCCCCCCAAUGACGAGAAGGGCAGGAAUGCAAUUAAGAAACUUAAGUUUUUGUCCAUCGAGGAUCGAGGGGGGUCAGAGUAUUGCUGCAGACUGUUGGAGGAUGAUAUUAACAAGUGCGUCAUCCAGAGAUUGCAGUGA